AUGGCGGGUAAGGCCAGGCCCCUACGCCUCCAGACCAGAUCUAUCAGCUGUGGCACCCUCUACGCUGGACAAUCCUUUAUGGAGGCCAACGAUGUUAAGGAGGAGCCCCGCUUGGAUGAUCGAGAGAAUAUUGAAGAGGACUUACGAGCAGCCCACGCGAUGCUGCAGAGCCUGAAGAUGAGGGCUCGCAAGCUUGAGGCUUUGAAGGAGCCAGGGCCCGUUGCUGGAUUCGCUGCACCGGUAGACCCUGUUCCUCCUGCCCGGCCUGUUGCCACUCCCGCCCGAACCGAGAAGCCCCAGCGCACACAGCCACCAGUGAUGACUGAUGCGCAGCCUAGAUCAUAUUCGUUCUGGGAGCAAGCCUACCCCGAAAAUUCACAAGAGACAAGGGACCGACGCCGCUCGGAAAGGGCAUCCCCAGAGAUGUCCCCGAAAGACCCGAAGAACCCAAAGUCCAGCGAAGGUUUGGCUGCAACAAAAGCCACAAGCCCUCGAAACUCCGAUGCAUCCCUGAAGCCCCAUGAGUCAAGCAGAAACAACAUGAAGACAGAGUCCUUCAAUCAGCGCAUGGAAAUUGUGAUCCGCAAUGUGAAAGAAGGACGUGUGGUCAUAGAUAGUGGCUUUUACAGCGAGUCUGCGAUGAAGACGGAACUGAAGUUUGACAAGGAUCGCAUCAAGGCCGUCGUCGCAUACUGUACGAAGACCAAGGAGGAAUUCUCUCAGUAUGUCGAAAUCAUCGACAACAACACGAGCCUCCCGAAUCCUGUGCUCGGCAACGAAGCGUUGCCCUGCUACGACGAGGACAUCGAGAAGAUUCCUCAGAUAUUGGGGGAGAUUCUCAAGGUGCGCAUCAAAGUCGACAAGACUCUCGAGGAGCUGAAGAAGAAGAAGAAGGACCCACAGAGCAAGGAUGGGAAGUUGCUCACCGAGCACGGCGAGCAAUUGAUGAAAUUGCAUGAUGAGCUUGCAGAGAUUCGUGCUGAUCACAACGCGAAGGAUCCAAGCAAAGAGGCGAUGGGAAAGCUGAAGAACGCCCUGGCAACGGUGGAGAAGUUGUGCCCUGCCCGCAGCCCCAAGCAGGUCGAGUCGAAUCACUAUGGAAGAGAAGAAGUUGAGGAGGACACCAUGAAGACAGUUCUUCGACCGGUGCCUAAGGCCAAAGCGAAACCGGCCGGGGAUUGCGAUGAUGAUGAUGAAAGUCCGGAUGAGGAAGAUGUGCCGCAAGUUCUUCUUCUGCUCCGGCACGUCACGGCCCUGCUUCGAAAGCCUUGGCACGUGCUCGUGGAGCAGGGGAAUGUGAAGAAGUCGAUCUUGAUAAUGCAGAUGAUCUUCGAAGUUCGGGACUGCUUCAAGAUUUGCACCGGCAGUCGAGGACAAAGCACGAAAACAGCUCCCACAAAUCUUUCCAAAAGAAUACAUCAGCUGGAUGUUGGUCAUGACAAGAAGCACCCAGUAUUACGGGUGAAGGAUUUUCUUCAAGCUUUGGCUGAGAGCAACAAGCUUCCUUUAAUGUGGGGCUCUACCAACAACGACUCAUAUGCUGAAGUGCUGCCGAAAUUCUGGAGAAGAUGGAAAACCCAUGACCCGCAGCACGCUGUCUUCAGUCACCACCGGGGGCACAUGGCGCAGGUUCUUCCCUUACAGUUACAUGGGGACGAGGGGGAAACGCUGAAAAAAACAGGCGUGAUGAUAUUGAACUGGCAAUCACCAAUUGGCUUCGGGCUUGCUGGGUCGGAUGAUUCCCCGUCUGCAAUGUCACUCAACUAUCUUGGCAACUCCUACGCCACACGCUUCCUCUACACAGUUUGCCAUAAGAAGUCUUAUGCCAAAGACAAAUCAUAUGUCCUGACUGGCAUUGUGCAGGGCCUUGCUGAAGAACUUGUAGAUUUAUUCUACAAUGGCGUAACGCUGAACCUUGGAGGCAAGGAAACGACUUUCUACGCAGCCUUGUUGGGCUUGAAGGGGGAUUGGCCAAUACAAGCUCGAGUGGGCAAUCUUACAAGACACUUCGCUCGGAAAGCUGUGUAUAAAGUUUCUGCAGAUACGAGUGGCUUCUGCCAUCUAUGCCGCGCUGGGGAGCAGGGCUACGAUGCCAACGAUUAUAGCCAAAACGCAGCAUGGCGAGAGACAUUCUUGAAAGUUCCGCCCUGGACUUCCGAAGGUCCCUUGUGUCGCGUGCCGCAGUCCCCGGCGAAGGAGUACAUGCACAAGUUUGACAUAUUCCAUACUUUGCACAAGGGCGUCUUUGCUGAGCUUUCUGGAAGUGGGUUGGUUCUCAUCACCGACUACCAUUUGGCAGGUGCCGGCGAUAUUCCACAGCAGCUUCAGGCAAUAUAUGCUCUGAUGGCGAAGCACUGCAAGGACACCGCAACACCACUGCAUAUGGAUGGGCUCACAAGGCAUUUGCUGUCAUUUCCCGGCGACUAUGCAUAUCCCGUUGGGAAUUGGUUUAAGGGUGCUGACACUGCAGCUGCAUGCAGUUUUCUUGAAGCUUUUUGGUCCGAGCACCUCGCGGUUGCAAACGAGCAAGAUUUAUAUUUGGAUGCGGUGCUGCGAGCUCUUCGUGCCGCGAAUGUCUUCUUGCGUACGCUGUACAGGUCAGGCCUCUGGUUAUCGGUGGAUCGCUGCAAGAUCGUCGCUGAAGCCGGCCUGGCCUUUCUCAAGGCGUAUUUGGAAGCAUCGUCGCGGGCUUAUGAGCGAGGGCGCACUCGCUUCAAACUGACGCCGAAGUACCACGCUUUGAUUCACAUCAUUGAUGUGCUUGCUACGGCUUAUGAAAGCAACCGCCGCUGGACAUUGAACCCGUUGUGCGAAGCCACACAGAUGGAUGAGGAUUUUGUUGGCCGCGUGGCCAACGUUACCACAGCUGUCAAUGUUCGUCAGAUGCACAAGUCUACAUUGAGGAAAUAUCUGACGAACGUGUGGACUCAUUUGCACUCGCGGUGA